GCUCCGCGCUCGGCACCGGUAGCGUUCGGCUCCCGGCACGGCCCGCGGCCGCGUUCCGCUGGGGAGCCGCGGAAAGGCGACGGCGGGGAAAGCAGCCAUGUUGGAGCGGGGAAUAAAGUGACUUCGCUCGAGGAGGUGGCGCGGCCGGCGGCUCUCGGGGCGGCGAGGGGAGGAGGGGGCUCGGCUCCCAGCGCGUCCGGAUAUCGCUCCUGGGCGGAGGAGGAGAGAAAGGAGAAGGGGCAGGAGAUCCGCCCCCGGACCCGCGGAGCCCCGGCGCUACUGGCUUCCUUAAGCCAGCGUAAUAUUGAUAGAAUGAAAAAGUUUAAGAGGAGACUUUCCUUAACCUUGCGUGGAAGUCAGACCAUUGAUGAGUCGCUGUCUGAGCUAGCAGAGCAAAUGACAAUUGAAGAAAACAGCAGCAAAGAUAAUGGUGUGAGUAAUAAUGGAAGGAUCAGCUACAGUAAAGUGCAGCCUAUUGUGAAGAAUGGCAGGCCUCCAACGUCUCACAGUAUGCACUCAUUUCUCCACCAAUACACAGGAUCUUUCAAGAAGCCCCCUUUACGAAGACCACAUAGCGUCAUAGGGGGCAGCCUCGGCUCUUUCAUGGCAAUGCCCAGAAAUGGGAGCAGACUAGACAUUGUUCAUGAAAAUCUGAAAAUGGGGUCAGAUGGUGAAAGUGACCAAGCUUCUGGAACAUCAUCUGAUGAAGUUCAGUCUCCCACGGGUGUUUGUCUCAGAAACCGAAUACAUAGACGAAUCUCAAUGGAGGAUUUGAACAAGCGUUUGUCCCUGCCUGCUGAUAUCAGGAUACCCGAUGGUUAUCUUGAAAAGUUACAGAUUAACAGCCCGCCGUUUGAUCAGCCCAUGAGCAGACGAUCUCGUAGAGCAUCUCUAUCAGAAAUUGGAUUUGGAAAAAUGGAAACCUAUAUCAAGUUAGAAAAACUUGGAGAGGGUACUUAUGCAACAGUUUAUAAGGGGAGAAGUAAAUUGACAGAGAACCUGGUGGCUCUGAAAGAAAUUCGCUUGGAACACGAAGAGGGAGCACCUUGUACAGCCAUAAGAGAAGUGUCAUUAUUAAAAGACCUGAAGCAUGCAAACAUCGUUACAUUACAUGACAUUGUUCACACAGACAAGUCUUUGACUCUUGUUUUCGAAUAUCUGGACAAGGAUCUGAAGCAGUACAUGGAUGACUGUGGUAAUAUCAUGAGUAUGCACAAUGUAAAGCUAUUUUUAUACCAAAUUCUUCGUGGUUUGGCAUACUGUCAUAGGAGAAAGGUGCUACAUCGAGAUCUGAAGCCACAAAAUCUACUAAUUAAUGAGAAAGGAGAACUGAAGCUAGCAGACUUUGGAUUGGCUAGAGCGAAAUCUGUUCCUACGAAGACCUAUUCCAACGAAGUUGUCACGUUAUGGUACAGACCACCUGAUGUUCUCCUCGGAUCUUCAGAGUAUUCAACUCAAAUUGACAUGUGGGGUGUUGGAUGCAUAUUUUUUGAAAUGGCAUCAGGAAGGCCUCUCUUCCCAGGUUCGACUGUUGAAGACGAACUGCACUUAAUUUUCAGGCUUCUGGGAACCCCGUGUCAAGAAACAUGGCCAGGCAUUUCUUCCAGUGAUGAAUUUAGAAACUACAACUUUCCCAAAUACAAACCACAACCCCUAAUCAACCAUGCACCAAGGUUAGACACUGAAGGAAUUGAAUUGAUAGCAAAGUUCCUUCAAUAUGAGUCAAAGAAGAGAAUUUCAGCAGAAGAGGCCAUGAAACAUGCAUACUUCAGGAGUCUUGGAACAAGGAUACACACUUUGCCUGAAAGUGUUUCAAUAUUCAGUCUAAAAGAGAUUCAGCUGCAGAAAGACCCUGGCUUUCGAAAUUCCACUUACCCAGAGACAGGACAUGGGAAGAACAGAAGGCAGAGCAUGCUUUUUUAAAGAGGGCGGUCCAGAGCGAAGCCCAAGCCUAUCCUCUCAAUCAAGGACUCGGAUCUGAAGGCAGUGCUCUCUUUGGUGGACUUGGAAUCGCAGUUUGUCUACACUGUCCUCUUCACAGUGGAGUCUUUUUAUUUCCAACCUGCAGAUUAUGUUUUUAUAUUUGUUGUCACAGUGUGACAAUUUUUUGUACAGUUGGUUUUAAGGUCUCCUCUGCCACUAGAGCCAGUAGGUUACAGCUGUUGAUGUAACUGUAGCUGCAAUUUUUGUGCAGGACUGAGAAACACAGUGCAUUAUUUAUUGCGGAAUCAUUGCUGCUAAAUAACUACUGUCUGUAUAGUUAACACAACAGUUCCAUGCCUGAAGAAGUUGCAGUGGCUUUAUAAUAUGUGAAUGCAUCUGUUUCUCUUCAUAAAAUGUUCUACUGCUGCGGGGUUUUUUUGUAUUUCGUAAACUGCAGUGUUUCCUGGAAUGUAAGCAUAGCUUUGCUUGGCUAUAGGUGAACCAUCUUUAAUGCUCUGAGUUCAUGGCACUUAAUUCCUUAUUUAACAUUGAAAGUAUGUGUUGAAAUAGUUGAAAAAUUAUAAUGCAUAUUAUGUUUUUGAAAAGCACACGGUGUGAAAGUUGAUUCAAACAAGUGAAAAGUAACUGUUAUUUGCUCUCAGAUCCUAUACUAGUUAUUGAUGAAUUAGAGCAUGGAGACUGGAUGAUACAUUUUGUCAGGCUUACUCCAGUAUAAGGUAUUUGCACGUUGUUGUGCAUAUUGGGCCUGGCAGGAGCAAUGACUUGCAGAAGCAAUGACUUUUUUUACCUUGUUUUUAACUUAGGAAUACAAAUAGUAGAAAAAAAAAAAAAAAGAAGAAAAAAAAAAGAAGAAAAAAAAAAAGAUUCAUACAUGUUGGACCCUGACUUACUUUUGAAAUUUUGAAUCUUUUAUUACAGAGGAACGGGACGACUAAUUACAAGAAUAUGGGAACAGUGUGAUGCUUUCCCACCUCGUUUCUCUCCCAUUUGUGCAUUAUUCACUUGAAAUCAACUGGAAAGAUGCAAGUUUGUACUUGAUAAGAACUCACUAUGCUAGAAAACUUUUAAAAUGGGAACUUAGAGAGUUUUUCAGAUCUUAGGUGUUAUCUGUUUACCAGAGAUAGUAAACAUGUUACUACUAUGCUUAUGCAUCUCAGUGAGUAUCAUAAGUACACCCUUGGUGAUGGUUACAGUAUUUUUAAGCAUUUGUGUUCACCUUUCUGAACCUAUUUGUUUAGUGCAUCUUAAAGAGACUGUAAAUCUUUAUUGGUAUAUUUUGAAAUGGUCAUGUAAAUCUUUGGCUGGUAUAUCAUGAAAAUUGUCAUAGGUAACUUAAUUUUUCCUGACAUUCACUGUAAAACAUUCAGGGGUCCUACCAUUUCUGUUCAGGAAAUCUUGUAGUUUAUUGUUAUUUAACAGUAUUAAGUGAAUUUUUGUAUAUUUCAUUUUAACUUUAUUUGUGAAUAGUGAUCGUGGCAUGUUUGGGGGUGUUUUAUUAAUAUUUCAUCGAUACUGGUAAAUUUGAAUUGGGAUUUUUUUAUUUUCUGAAAGAGAGGAACUCACGUGUAAUGGUGACUAUUGGACCACUACUGCUUUUCAGCAUUUGUAAACCGGUUUUACGUUAAAUCUUGUAGACCUAACAAACUGCUGUUAUUUCUAACUGACCGACCUGUAUUAAUAUUGUACUUUUGGAAGUAUAAAUAUUAUGUGGAA